AUGCGGGCAAAUUUCCCAAAUUUUUAUUUGAAUUUAAGUUUAGUCACUUGCAGUCUUUUGCUAAUACAAGAAACAAAUAUAAAUAAUUUAUUAAAACAACAACAUAAUGGAGCAAAUUUUGCAUUUUCCAUUUACGAUUUGGACGGUUCUGGUACCGUUGAUGCUUUUUACCUCGGUGACGUAUUAAGAGGACUCAAUUUAAAUCCGACAAAUGCAACCAUAGAAAAAUUGGGAGGAACUAAGAAAAAAGGAGAAAAAACAUUAAAAGUCGAUGAAUUUCUACCAAUUUUUAGCCAAUGUAAAAAAGAUAAAGAUCACGGAGGCUAUGAAGAUUUUUUGGAAUGUUUAAAAUUGUACGAUAAAGCCGAAAAUGGUUUGAUGCUCGGUGCCGAAUUAUCUCACACUCUUUUGGCUCUUGGUGAAAGAUUAACCGAUGCUGAAUGCGAUGAAAUUAUGAAAGAUUGCUGCCCAGCAGAAGACGACGAAGGUUUCAUCGAUUAUGCAGCAUUCCUCAAAAAAUUGGUUGCAAAUCAAGUAUAA